CAACAACCACCUUUUCAUUUGAACGUUUGGUGUUCUUCCUGUUUUCUCCACUUCACUUGAACCUUCUACAAUAAACCCUACCAUUUUGCAGGUCUCAUUCACAUACCCAUUAAACCAUUUCGGCGCAUUUUCUGUGACUACGAGAUUGUGGUUGAAGAGAUGUUGAUUGGUCACGCAGAUCACAUAGCAGAGUUGAGAUCAUCAAAGGAGCAGGUACUUGCAGACCCUGUAUCUGAAUUAGGCAAUGAUGAAGAGGAAGAUUGUUCAGAACAGAUACUGUAUUCAGCAUCCUUUGAAGAGCUUGCAAGCAGUAGUGUUAAAUAUGAUAUGGUCAUAUGGCUUGCUAUAUCAUUACUGCUUGUUUUGGCUUGGGGGAUUGGCCUCAUUAUGUUGCUCUACCUUCCCAUCAGGAGAUACGUGCUUCAAAAGGAUUUGUCUUCUCGCAAAUUAUAUGUUACACACACUGAAGUAGUUUACAAGGUGUCAAGGCCUUCAUUUAUACCAUUUUGGGGGACCGUAACAAUUGAGAGGCGUGUACCCCUUUCUCUGGUGAUUGAUAUUAUUAUUGAACAAGGUUGCCUGCAGUCUAUAUAUGGUAUCCAUACUUUUCGAAUUGAAAGUAUUGCACGUGGAAAAGCUGCCCCUGUAGAUGAAAUACAAGUUCAAGGAGUUUCUGACCCUGAUCUUUUGAGAAAGAUGAUCAUAACAGAGGCUUCAAAGAUUGCAUUAGAUGUAAGUGAAAGUGGGAAGCCUGUUGCUCCAAGCAUAGAUGUGGAAAACAUGGCUCGUAUGCGAGCAACAACUGAGGGAUCAAUUGUUUCAAGAUCACAAUCAAAAAGUUCGAAGAUGGCUGGCUCACCACAUACUUCUUCCCUAGAGCGCCGAGUAGCUGGAGGAUUUCUGCUUAAUAAACUUGAAGAAGUCAAUAGAUCAGUGAAGAGACUAGAGUCGCUUAUUGAGAAGUCACAUGCUUCUCCUGGCAGUAGCUGAAGGUACCAAUCUUCAUCAGCACUACAAGAAUUGAAUUGAAAGGAGCUUCCAAAUUAGUAGGACCUUAUAUAUAACUGUGGAAAUAGUAAAUAAUGAUUUAGUUAUCUUAGUGCAAUUGAGUCACCGUUUUGAUUGACUCUAUAGAAUCCUGGCUGAGGAUUGUAGAUGUUUAGAAUCUCAAGUUGUGAGUGCAUAAUUGUUUUUUGGUGUCUUCCAU